AUUGAGAUUCAGACAGGUCUAGAUGCAUUGAUUUUGAUUUUAUCUAGGAUACUUUUAGGGAGGAGUGCAUGAAGAAGAGCCAUGGCCAAAGUGAACGGUACAGUGAAUAGUGUUUCCGAGAUGGAGGAGAAUGACGAGGAUAAAGCAUUGCUAGGGAAACACAGAUACACGUUACCUGUACUUAGAUACACCAACGUCUUCAUCAGUCUCGUUAUUAUUGACGGAAUCCUGUCAUGUAUUAUGUGGUUGACAGGUGGUCACACCAAGUACUUUGUGGACAAUAUAACAGACUUUCAUUUCACGGAGUCAGUAUUUGACUUGGCCCUUUUAGUUGGCCUGAAGACAGUAAUAAUUGUGACAGUAUUACCAAUUCUUGAGAAUAAAUCUUAUGAACAGAUACACAGUCCAUAUGAUCGGAGUCUACACACACUGUGUUUUGGUUUAAAGACUGCUUUAAAAUUGUUUUUCCUAGUAUCUCUCAUAUUCACCUUGGUAAAGGGAGGAAUGAUUUUGAACUGUAUAUUGAAUGAUGGACAUUAUGUUACAAUGCAUGUAACGUACAAUGUUUUAGUCAUAUCAUCAGUGUCUUUCAGUGUUUUGGAGUUUAUACUUAGUUUAUUCAGUGAUCGUGCGAUGAGACGGUUGAAGAUUGUGAGGAUUUUACACAGAUAUAAUGAUAAAGGUCAGGAAAUCGACAAGGAAGGAAAACCCGUCAAAAAGAAGGUGGAUAUCAAAAGAUUGGUGUUACUCGCUAAACCAGAGUGGGGGAUUCUCCUUGGAGGGUCCCUUGGAUUGCUGGUCUCUAGUGGGGCUCAAACCGCAGCUCCUCUCUUCUUUGGUGCAGUGGUAGAUGCGGCUCAAAAAAGCAUGGAUGAGCUUACAAACACUGUGGUGGUCCUGGUGUUGAUUUACGUUCUGUAUGCCAUCUUUGCGGUGAUUCGGGCCUGGCUUUUCACUCUGGCGGGACAGAGGUUGGUGGCUAGACUGAGGAAACAUUUGUUUGAUCACAUCAUCCAGCAAGACGUGGCCUUCUUUGAUACCAACAGGACAGGUGAGCUCUGUAACAGACUGGCAUCAGAUACACAGGUUGUACAGAAUGCAGCCACUGUGAAUGUGUCUAUGCUGGUACGCUACACACUACAGAUGGUGGGAUCUCUCAUUCUAAUGUUUUAUCUGAAUGCGGCUCUCACUGGUGUACUACUGGCCGUGGUUCCUGUUGUUUCUAUUGUAGCUGUGCAAUAUGGGAAGUUUGUGAAGAACAUGAGACAGAAGUUCCAGGAUCGUUUGGCUGAUGCUGGUACUCUGGCUGAGGAGAACAUCUCCAGCAUCAGAACGGUCCGAUCCUUCGCCGGGGAAUCCAAGGCGUACAGCUUAUACAGUGAGGAGGUGGAGAAGAGCUACAAAGUUGGGAAGAAGCUGGCUGUAGCUUAUGGUGCGUUUGAGGGUAUAGUUGGUAUUCUAGCCUAUGGUGCGAUAGCUAUGGUUCUGUGGUAUGGUGGAAAACUGGUGUAUGACAACACACACGGAGAACAUACAGGCCUUACACCAGGUGUACUUACCUCUUUUCUGUUGUAUACUUUACAAGUUGCCAUGGCGUUUGCCUUGAUGUCAGCUCUCUAUGGGGAUUUUAUGCAGGCAGUAGGGGCCUCCAUACGGAUCUUUGACUUGCUGGACCGAGUGCCUGAUGUACCCACAGAGAACGGAGAAGUCCUGUAUCAUAUGAACGGACGUGUUGAAUUCCAAAAUGUUUAUUUCACCUAUCCUUCAAGGCCCGAAACGAAAGUUUUAAAGGGCAUUACAUUCAGUGUGGAGCCUGGUGAGAUGGUGGCACUAGUGGGACCCAGUGGAGGGGGGAAGUCUACCAUAGUAAACCUUAUAGAGAGAUUCUAUGACCCUGACUCUGGCAGAAUACUGUUAGGUGAUGUGGACCUGAAGACAUUAGAUCCUCAAUGGUUCCGUAAGAAAGUCUCCAUGGUCAGUCAAGAACCGACUCUCUUUGCUUCCUCCAUCAAGGAAAACAUUGCUUACGGAUGUACGGCAACAGAUCAAGAGAUAGAGACUGUAGCUAAGCAGGCCAAUGCACAUGAGUUUAUCUCGACGUUUGAGGACGGGUACAAUACUUUGGUGGGGGAGAGAGGAGUACGGCUGUCAGGGGGACAGAAACAGAGGAUUGCCAUCGCAAGGGCUCUUAUUAUGGACCCUGUUCUCCUCUUACUAGACGAGGCUACGAGUGCCCUGGAUGCUGAGAGUGAACACUUGGUUCAGGAGGCAGUGGACCGAGCCAUGAAAGGCAGAACGGUCAUCGUCAUAGCUCACCGCCUGUCCACAGUCAGGAACGCAUCCAAGGUUGUUGUGAUAGACAAAGGAGAAAUAUCAGAAAUGGGGACUCACGAUGAACUUCUGGCUAAGAAUGGAGUGUAUAAGAGACUGGUGUUACGUCAGUUAACGGCCGGAUCUUUUAACCAGGCUUUACAUGGGGAAGAGGAAGCUGACUCUAGUUGAUUUAUCACUCAAGUUAAUUAAUCAUUCAAUCUGGAUGUCAAUAUUUCAUUAAAAUUUAUGUUUUUGUAUUCACAAGCAGUAGCUGACAUACUGUGAAAUCACAAAUUUUGAGGGGUCCAAUUUUCGUGGUUUGAAGGAAAUAUAUUGGUUUAUGGGGAUUUGAUUUCGUGGUUGAAGAGUUGUUCAGUAGAAAUGAAUGUGAAAAAUUGCAUUUCGUGGUGGGCAUAAAUUUGUGGGUCUCUUCUUACCUUGACUACCAUGAAAAUUAAACCCCCACAAAAAUUAGUAAAUUUACAGUAGAUGUCUAUGUUUACAAAAGUUUCAUUUUUAUAUACCGGUAAGUUUUAAAAUAUAGAAUUUAAACAGAGGUUGUUUUAUGAGAUUCAGAUUGAUUUACAUGUAUUUAGAAUACAUGAAACAUUUUUUGUGUUUUGAUUGUGUGACUUUUUUGAAAUAACUGGUGUCUAAUUGUGCAUUUUAUGUCACAUAUCUAGAUGAUCAGCAAGUGCACUAGAAACAUGCUUGUAAUGUGUGAUAUGUUUUUCAUGUUUGUUUUAUAUUUGCUUCUUUAAUUAUGGCAUUUUAAUUGUAUUAUUUUACAAGGUUUUGUAAAAAUACAAGGAUAUGUACUUAAAGAAAGAGACAUUAUAAGAAUUGUACAUUUACACCAAAUGACAAAAUGAAGGGUGUGUGUUUACCCUAGAUAAAACAUUUUUUACAUGGGAUAUAAUUUUCCUAUUCUUCAAGGUCAAAAUUGUCACAGCCUACUUAAGUGAUUUAAGACAUACACUGGCAACCCCAGAUAUUUCCUACCUAUGGAUUGGAUUCUGAAAAUUUAGGACCCUGUGAAAUUGUAAUUAAUUAACAGUACUCAUGCUUUAAUAAAACAAGUAUGUUCAAAUAUAUUUUCAAGUGUGAUAAUUAUGAGACCCUGAAUUUAACACUUUUUGAACU